UAGCGACAUCUGACAACGAAAUAUUGAACUAUCAGAUGGUGUGACUCGAAAUGGGGCCGAUGCUUACGUUUAUUUACUUUUCGAGCAACUUUCAAAAUUAAAUAAGUAAUUAUGACUGCCAUCAGGCAUAAUCUUCAGCGGGACGUUUUUCUCCCGAGUGAUGAAAGACUAGUCGGUGUGGUCUACGUUGCAAAAGCUAGUAAGAAGAAGAAAACUGGUUUCCUAUGUGCUGUCAUUAGUACAGAAAAACCAGUCCAAGUGACCAUCUAUCAACUGAAGAAAUCCGAGAAGGAUACAUAUAAAAAGAAAUCUGCAUGGCCUCUGAGAGAUUUAAAAGUUGUCGAUGGAAAAAAUGAACACAAAGAGACAGCGGAAUUUGAUCUGCAGUUUGAAAGAUUGUAUAAAUGGGUUGCUAGCAGUACCCAAGAGAAGAAUGCAUUUAUUAGUUGUCUGUGGAAACUCUGCUGUCAUCAUUUACCAAGACAAAAGCCAAACUUCAUUAAUAUUCCAAAAAUUUUGAUUGAAGAAACUACUCCAAUCAAUGAUGUUGGGGUAGUAACAGAGCAGCUUGGAGAAGGACAGUCUAUGAUUGAAGCAGAAGAUUACGAGGCACUUACAGGAAGAGAAGAGGCUGAUUUAGAACGAUUAAUGACACAAUGUGAAUUUGCAAUUUGUAAUGCUGAAGCUUUUACUGAACAGUUGGCAAGAGAACUUUCUGUUUUGGAUGCUACCAAUGUUCACACAAUUAUGGCAUCUGAACAAAAGAUGCAAGCUCUUAUGCAGAUGUUACAAGAAGCAAUUGAUGAAGCAACUCAGUUAGAAAAUUAUUUAGAUGCUUAUGAUAAUAUGUUAAAGAAUGUGCGUGACAGUGUUUUACAUAUGAAAGAAAAAGAUGCUCUUAUUCAGAUUCAGAAUAUGAAUAAUGUAAAGUUGUUGACAGAAUUACAAAAUUUAAUUAAUCAAUUAGAUCUUUCUCAUAAUCAUAAAAUGAGUCUUAUCGAAGGAGAUUUAAAAAGCCCGGAAGCCAUCAUGAACUGCACGCUAGCCGCUAAAGCACUUCAGAAUGCUAUGAAUGCCCAGAUUCAUCCAAGUUUGACAAAAAUGGCAGCAUAUCAAGAACAGCGAAAACUUUUCGUAAAACUGUGUACGAAAUUCUCGACUAAAAUUAAAAGUCAUUUGGUUAAUUUGUUUAAUCAUUUGGGCAAUGAAUUAGGAGAAACUUUGAGUUUCUUUGCUCAAGAAUUAACUUUGCCAACCCACACAGCUUGUCAUAAUGAAUUACUACCAUAUACAGAGUUAAUACAUUGGUUAAAAGUUGCAGAUUAUUCAUGCUUUUCUCAUUUAGUUGAGGUGUACACUUCAUCUCUAAGUAAGUUGUAUGAAAAAGAGAUUAAGAAUUUUUUUGAAUUGGCUAAAGAAAGGAUAUCUGGUAAAAGUGCAGAUAAAAGAGCUCGCGUGUCAGGCUCGAGUCAAGAUUUAGGAGGUAAAGUGAGCACAAAACAGUGGUCGUCUUCAUUGCUGGGAAUGGAUCCGGAACAUUUUGGUUCGGAACUAGAUUUGGCAGAGAGAGAACUGUUUGAUAAGUUGAUUGAACAAAUGCUGAGUGCUUUGGAGCCAGUUUGUUUAGCAGAACAAAACUUUUGCAUUAAAUUUUUUGGUCUUGGUUCUGACAUUCAUUCCUCAUCCUCUCACGUCAGUCAGCUUUCGAAUCAACCAAAUACGGUCAGUCGUACUCCGAGUAGUUCCAACCUAAGCAGAACAAACAGUGAAGAAUUGUUGUCGAAUGCACAAAAGAAACAAAUCAAUGAAGAAUUAAGGAAAAUGAUGGCCGAACUGUUUGCAGUUUUAGAACCGGAACUAACAAAUUUCAUUACAUUUUAUGAUAAAAUGGAUGGUUUCUAUUCCAUGUAUCUGUUGGUUCGACUGAGUCAGCAUGUGAUGUCUGCCCAAGAUACGGGAUCGUUCCUGAGUAAAAUAUUUGGCAUCGCACUGGUACAGGCCAAGAGAAAUUUUGACAAGUUUAUGUGUAGUAAGGUUCGCUUACUUGACAGCUUACCUCUACCAAGCCUUAUGAUUGUAAAAUAAUUUAUUCUUGCACAAAAUUUUAUUUUUUCAUUUUUUUUUUAAAGAUUAAGAAUUUUCUGUUUUCUUUGAAAGGAUUUUGCCCUCCAAGCCGAGACCAUAUUUAAAGAAUCGGAACGUCGUACGGACCUGGAUCGUUGGUACACCAAGUUAAUCCACGCCAUGUUCGACGAGAUAGCCAGGGUGGCCAUAGAACACCAAAAAACGCCGCAGGAAGUCGUGCUAAUGGAGAAUUUUCAUCAUUUAUAUACUUUGUUAUACCAAUUGAAAAUCGGUUGCUUGGAAAGCGAAAGGAAGGAAGCCAAACAGAAAUACAACGAGGCCCUACAGGCCUACGUCACGCAUUAUUUUGGACGACCUUUGGAAAAAUUAAACUUAUUCUUCGAAGGUGUUCAGUCAAAGGUGGCACAAGGCGUCAAAGAAGAGGAAGUGGGAUAUCAAUUAGCAUUUAGUAAGCAGGAAUUGAGAAAAGUCAUCAAGGAAUAUCCCGGAAAAGAAGUUAAGAAAGGUUUGGAGAAUUUAUAUAGAAAAGUGGAAAAACAUCUUUGCGAAGAAGAAAAUCUGCUUCAAGUGGUGUGGCAUUCCAUGCAGGACGAGUUCAUUCGUCAGUACAAGUACAUCGAAAGUCUGAUCGAGCGCUGUUAUCCGGGUUCCAUGAUAACGCUAGAAUUCUCCAUCGUGGACAUUUUGAAUUUCUUCUCCGACAUCGCUCGUUCUCAUUAAGUUAUUCUCAUUCCUCUGUAAUUAAAUUUUCUUACAUAAAAUAAGUAUAAAAAGUUA